GAACAAUUUUGUGACAUGGCGAGUACGAGCGUGCGGAUUUGAUUAUUUCUUCAAUGUAAAAGGCGUAAACUCGUCGAUCGCAAACCAGAAUAAUCGAAUUCUGCCGAUUAUAAAUCCUGUUGAUAAAAAAAAUGCCAAAGCUCGCAAACGCCGAGGAAAUCGAGAUGGUGUCGGCUUGCCGGAUUUGCUUGAACAAAACCGAUUUUAUGUGCGAAUUGAAGGAGAAUUACAAUGAAACGACCUAUUUGGAAGCCGUAGAAAAGGUCACGUCGUCUCAAGUUAAUUUAAACGAUCACUAUCCGCAAAAUAUCUGCCUCGGUUGCGUCGACCUGUUGGACACGUCGCUGAAAUUCAUCAAUUUAUUCGAAACCUCCAGAAACAAGCUGGAAAAGUUGCUGGGGACCCAGAGGAAAUCGCCCCUGGACGACGAUCCGGACGAUUAUUUCUUCGAAAACCAAAACGAUUCGCUCAAUCUCAACGUAGAGCUCAUCCUGAAAGACAGAAAAUUCAACCUUAACGACAUGCUAGUGACCAAUAACGAUUUCGACUACAAACAUUUAGCCAAGGAGAUCAAUUUCGGUGAAGACAUUUCCUCGAUUGUGAACAACGGGAACAAACGCUCGGAAGAUAAUAAAAGCGAAUGUGAUAACGAGUACGACCAAUUUGUUAAAGACGAUGUUGUGGAAGAAGAGGAAGAAAGCAUCCAAUUCAUCAUAGAAACCGAGGAUAAAAUGGACGAUAAUAGCAAAGCUUACAGUGAUUUAAUUAAUAAUUUGAAAAGCGAACACAUAGAAAUCGAAGAACAAUCCGAUAGCGAUUCCCUAAAAUCAUUAGAAAGCGAUAAUUUCGAGUACACUGAAUACAAUAACGAUGUUAUCGAAUCCCUAAUGAUCGAUAGAAGUAAAUUAAUUUACUCGGACGAUGACUCGAUGUCCGAAAAAGACACUCAAGAUGACACCAAGGACACGGAUUAUUUCGACCAAUUGAAGUACCCUUGUGGAAUUUGCAACAACACUUACAAAUCCACCGUUUUGCUGAAGAAGCACGUGCGCCGAGCCCACAUGAACCAAAGCCAAAAAUCGCACACCUGCGGUAUCUGCGGAACCGUUUGUCGGACGAGAUCCUCGCUGCUGACUCACAAACUGAAACAUUUCGAGAAACAGUUCAAAUGCGACCAAUGCGACAAGGCCUACUCGACCAAAGCGCACCUCAAGGUCCACAAAUCCACGCACACCAACGAGAGACCCUUCCUGUGCAACAUAUGCGGCAAGGAUUUCAAUUAUGCCAACGCGUUGAUGUACCACAUGCGUUUGCACACCAACGAGAAGAACUACCAAUGCGAAUAUUGCCCGAAGAGGUUCCGAAUGAUGAAUUCGCUGCACAGACACGUCAGGACGCACACCGGCGAGAAGCCCUACAAAUGCCAGUACUGCGGCAGAGACUUUUCUUCCAGAGGAGAGGUCGUUUGCCAUGAAUACAAACACACCGGAUACCGCCCGUAUCAUUGUAAAUACUGUAAAAAAGGUUUCUCGAAGACGCACAAUCUAAAAAUCCACCUCCUUUCUCACGGGGGCCCUUAUCACUGUCGAUAUUGCAAUAAGAUGUUCAUAGAGGAAGGCAUAUUGGCGAUGCACCAUAAAAUUUCCCAUAAAAGUUUGUUAUCUGAUGCGGCCGAUCAAGAAGGCAGCGACGACACGUUCGAGAAGAACGACGGUUCUGUGCAAGAGGACAGCGCAAGUCAAGAUGAGAAUUCCAGGAUGGAAAUAAUUAAUGAGGUUUUAGGGACGGAGUAUCCCAGUCAUGUGGAAGUUCUCAUGGAAGGGAACAAUUCAGAUUAAUUAAUCGGUUAGGAUAAGUUUUAAGGUAACUAAUAAGAACAAAUAAAUAUUAGAGAACGAGUGAGAAAAGGAGCGAGUGCGUUUCUUUACAACCUUUUUA